UGCUACUUCGUCGUGCAGAAUUUUUGGAGUGAAACCAACACAAUUUUGCGUUGUUGUUGAAUGAAACGAAUACCUCCCAGUGGUUUGUGUGUACGUCAUGAGAUUGAUUUUUCUCGCGGCACAUUUACGAUAUCAUUCGGGAGAAAAAUUAGCUUGCCUUUUCCAUAACGUGGCUAUCGAUGGGCACUUGGCACACGCUGGAAAAUUUUUAUCACUGUGAUAGUACAUUGCAUCACCUUCCGUGAAAGAUUUGGGUGGUAAUUCCCUAAAAAAUAUUGAUGAGAUAUGCAGCAGCAGGUUGAAUACACACUUCCACAGACCUUAGUGUAUGAUUAUUGCAAUAACAUUGGAUCCGAAAGCAACAUAAAUCCAGAAGAUGACUGCGGUAGAGGCACCACCAUUUAUUCGUACCAUCGAGUGGGAUAUGAUGGACAAAACAAAGUUCUUCCCAUUAAGCAUGCUAUCAUCCUUUUCAGUACGUUGUUGCUUAUAUCCUUUAACAGUAGUCAAAACACGUUUACAAAUUCAAAGGCACAAUCAUAUGUACAAUGGAGUGAUAGAUGCUCUCAGAAAGAUAUACACAGUUGAAGGCGUAGCAGGACUUUAUAGAGGAUUCUGGAUCAGUUCUAUACAAAUUGUAUCUGGUGUAUUUUAUGUAUCUACAUAUGAAGGUGUGCGUCAUUUACUUGGACAAGAUGAUGUUAUAGGUCAUGUAGAUUCACGUGUUAAAGCGUUACUUGCUGGUGGUGCUGCUAGUUUAGUAGGGCAAACCAUAGUGGUUCCUUUUGAUGUUCUGAGUCAGCACUUAAUGGUUCUCGGGAUCAAUAAUAAUAGUAAACGUGGAAAAUAUGUAGACAAAAUGGGGAUGAAUCCAUUGGGUUUAACACUUGAACCUGGAAAAUCUCAUGCUCAAAUUUCAGCUGAAAUUGUUAAAUUGAUCUACCAGAGAGAUGGAUAUAGAGGUUUUUAUCGAGGAUACAUAGCAUCAUUAUGUGCUUAUGUUCCAAAUAGUGCACUUUGGUGGGGACUGUAUAUAUCUUAUCAAGAGGAGCUUAUUCGGAUAUUCCCUGAAUGGUUUUCCCACUUGUUCAUUCAAGCUGUGGCUGGGACAUUAGGAGGAUUUACUACUACAAUUAUUACGAAUCCCUUAGACAUUGUACGGGCAAGGUUGCAAGUGCAGAGAUUGGAUAGUAUGUUUAGUGCAUUCAGAGUUCUUUGGGUCGAAGAAAGGCUGCAUAUGUUUACAAAAGGACUAUCCGCGCGUCUUGUACAGUCUGCUUGUUUCAGUUUUUCAAUAAUUUUAGGAUAUGAAACUAUUAAAAGAUUCAGUAUAACCGAGGAGUACAAAAGAUACGUUAGGUGGUAAAAUUUGCGCAAAUAAUUUCUAUGUUAAUGCAUUUCUCGCCGAUUCUGUAUUAUUCACAGAAACAACCGACACGCACCAAAGAAACAGAAACGUGAUUAAUUUCAAUUGUUUUGAAAAUAGUGCACCUGUUAUGCAAACUGUAUGAUACAACUGUAACUAUCUUUCGAAUAUUC